AUGAACAACUUAAUUAAAAACUCAUUCUUUACGUUCAUCAAACCAUUAACACCUUCUGUGACUCAAAUACCUACCAGACUCCACCUAUCCAUAAUGUCAUCGAUCAACAAUGAGAUUCCAACAGCUACACCAAUCAACAAAAGGGCCCAGGAAGUUAGCCCUUUACCAAAAGUUAAAAAACAAAAAUUGAAAAGAUACAAGGCUAAGAAAGCUGAUCCAACGUCUCCUUCAGGUGUCUUACAAUUUGAAAUCGAUGACUUAUUGAAAACUCAUAAUUUAACAAGGGAUGAAGUUUCAAAUGAUAUUUCAGCUAUAUUGAAUGAUUUCUCAAGGGACGAUGAAAAUUCUAUAACACAUAAGUACCAUCGUAUUGUUAAUGAUGUUGAAAUUUUAACUCUAACCUCUAGUGGGGAUGGUCUUGCAUUGAUCGAUAACCCCGUUGAACAAACAAAAAAACAAAUAGCAAUAGUCCCAUUUGGUUUACCUGGUGAUGUGACAAAUAUCAGAGUCUUUAAAACCCAUCCACAUUACGUUGAAACAGACUUGUUAGAUGUGAACAAAAAAUCACCUAUCAGAAGAGAUGAUUUAAUCAAGGAUAAGUACUUUGGUAAGGCCUCUGGAAGUCAAUUUGAGUUCCUUACGUAUGAAAAACAAUUAGAGAUUAAGAAGCAUACUAUCACUAAUGCUUACAAAUAUUUCGCACCUCGUUUAAUGGGAGAAGGUCUAUUACCUACCACAGGUACUACAAUUGCAUCUCCACUUCAAUAUAACUACAGAACUAAAAUCACUCCACAUUUUGAUAUGCCUAGAAAAGUGAAAGUGCUUGAAGAAAGGCCUCCUUUAGGUUUUGGCCAGAAAGGUAGACCUACCUGGAGAAAGGAUACUUUGGAAGUAGGAGGCCAUAGUUCUACUUUGGAUAUCGAUAGCUGCGCUCUUGCGACUGAUAUUUUAAACACAGGUUUAACUAAUGAAAGAAGAAAAUUUAACACGGAAUACAAAAACUAUAAGAAAGGUGCUACCAUUUUAUUGAGAGAAAACACUAUUGUUCUUGAUGAAAGCAAGGAUAUUAAAGAACAACUAGGUGAAGGGUCAAGAGAUGAGAACGGUGAAGUUAGUUACGUUGAAUUGGAAGAUAAGGAACACGGCGUUAAGUUAAUUAAAACAUGUGUAACUAAUCAAAGACAAAUUGUUGCAGAGUAUGUUGAUGGUUAUACAUUUAACUUCACAGCAGGUGAAUUUUUCCAAAAUAACAAUUCCAUUUUACCUAUUGUCACCAAAUAUGUUAGAGAAAACCUACAAAUUCCUAAUUCAAAAGCAGAUGAACCAAAUUACCUAGUAGAUGCGUACUGUGGUUCAGGUCUAUUCAGUGUGUGCAGUUCCAAGGGUGUUGAUAAAGUUACUGGUGUCGAAAUCUCUGCAGAUAGUGUUUCAUUUGCUGAAAAGAAUGCAAAGACUAACGGUAUUAAGAACUGUGAUUUUAUUGUUGGUAAGGCUGAAAAAUUGUUUGAAUCUAUAAGCACACCAAAUGACAGAACUUCUGUGAUUUUAGAUCCACCAAGAAAAGGUUGUGACGAAGUGUUUAUGAAACAACUAGCCGAUUAUUAUCCAGCCAGAAUUGUCUACAUCUCUUGUAAUGUUCAUUCACAAGCAAGAGAUAUUGAAUAUUUCAUUAAAGAGACAGAAAAGGGUAGUCAUUAUAAAAUUGAGAGUUUGAGAGGGUUCGAUUUCUUCCCUCAAACACAUCAUGUAGAGAGUGUCUGCGUUUUAUCUAGAGUUUGA